GCAGAGAAAAUUAUGAGGAAUUCCACUGCGAUAAAAGAUUUUAUUCUUCUUGGAUUGACAGAUGAUGCACAGUGGCAGGUUGUUCUUUUUAUAUUCCUUCUCGUCACCUACAUGCUAAGUGUGAGUGGAAACCUGAUCAUUAUCAUCCUCACCCUUUCAGAUCCCCAUCUGCAGACCCCCAUGUAUUUCUUCCUUCGGAACUUCUCAUUCCUAGAAAUAUCCUUCACAUCUGUCUGCAUCCCCAGAUUUCUUGUCACUAUUGUGACAGGAGACAGAACCAUCUCCUACGGUGGUUGCGUGGCUCAGCUCUUCUUUUUCAUCUUCUUGGGAGUGACAGAAUUUUACCUUCUGGCUGCCAUGUCCUAUGAUCGCUACGUGGCCAUCUGCAAACCCCUGCACUACACAACUAUCAUGAGCAGCAGAGUCUGCCUUCUUCUUGUCUUGAGCGCCUGGUUUGCAGGAUUUCUGAUCAUCUUUCCACCAAUCAUGCUUCUGCUACGGUUAGAUUUCUGUGCCUCCAAUAUCGUUGAUCAUUUCAUCUGUGACUCUUCUCCAAUUUUGCAACUUUCUUGCUCAGACACUCACUUCCUAGAGCUCAUGGCGUUCCUUUUAGCCGUGGUAACGCUCAUGGUCACCUUGACACUGGUUAUUCUCUCCUAUACAAACAUCAUCCGGACUAUUCUGAGAAUUCCUUCUACAAGUCAAAGAAAAAAAGCCUUUUCCACGUGUUCUUCCCAUAUGAUAGUUGUCUCUCUCUCUUACGGUAGCUGCAUCUUCAUGUACAUUAAGCCUUCUGCAAGGGAGAGGGUGACUUUAAGCAAAGGAGUAGCUGUACUCAACACUUCAGUGGCUCCUCUCCUGAACCCCUUCAUAUACACACUGAGGAAUCAGCAAGUGAAGCAAGCCUUCUGGACCAUGGCCCAGAGGGUGCUCUUUUCUGCAAAGAGAUGA